AAGUAUUGCAUGUUGGGAUAUUCGGUCGUGGCAUUAUUAAAAACCUGUCUUGCUGGAGGCCUCAUUUGCUAGACGCUGGUGAAUGUAACAAGCGUGACUUCGCCAUUCAAUAAUUAGAAAUAAAUGUCUGCAUCUACCUCGUCAAAGGAUCUGCAGCGAGAAAUCUGUAAUAAAAGUAUGGGAGAAGUAGAUCUGAUGACAUUACUCAAAAAUUUCUAUGAUUUUCAAGAAGAACGUGUAUUUACCUAUCGUUUAUUUGACGAAGGACAUAAGAUAUAUUUGGGUACUGCACCACAUUAUGAUUUUAUUCGUUUCCGUCAUCUCGUUCACGAAGUUACUCAAGAAUUCAAACGAAUUUCUGAAGGUAUUAUUGCAAUUGAACAUAGAUUGAGAACUGAAUUUGACUGUCCCCAUUUGGCGGAUUUUUUGGCAAAUCUUCAAGAAGACGAAAAACUGAAAUUGGAAUUGGUAAUUAUUAUAUAUAAAAUUUGUAUUUUAAAAUUAUAUCAAAUGUAUACUUAUUUAAAAACUUUCCAUAACAUAGNAUUAAAUUAA